CCGCCCCGGCCCGGGGGGGCUCCGCGCCCACCGCCCACUUUUAAAAGUGGCGGCGGCGCCGGGACGGGACCGGGAGGGAGAGACCGAGGGCACCGAGCCGACCCGAGGGCACCGAGCCGACCCGGGACAGCCCCGAACCCACCCGGAACAGCCCCGAACCGGCGCGACCCGCCCGCCCCGACCCCACCGGACCCACCGAGACCGCCGGGGACCCCCGAAAUGUCCAACGCGCACUUCAACCGCGGCCCGGCCUACGGGCUGUCGGCCGAGGUGAAGAACAAGCUGGCCCAGAAGUACGACCCGCAGCGGGAGCGGGAGCUCCGUGCCUGGAUCGAGGGGACCACGGGACGCCGGAUCGGGGACAACUUCAUGGACGGGCUCAAGGACGGCGUCAUCCUCUGCGAGCUCAUCAACAAACUGCAGCCAGGCUCGGUGCCCAAGGUGAACGAACCCGUCCAGAACUGGCACAAGCUGGAGAACAUCGGGAACUUCCUGAGGGCCAUCACGCGCUACGGGGUGAAGCCCCACGACAUCUUCGAGGCCAACGACCUCUUCGAGAACACCAACCACACCCAGGUCCAGUCCACCCUCAUCGCCCUCGCCAGCCAGGCCAAGACAAAGGGGAACAACGUGGGGCUGGGGGUGAAAUACGCGGAGAAGCAGCAGCGGCGCUUCCACCCCGAGAAGCUGCGCGAGGGCAGGAACAUCAUCGGGCUCCAGAUGGGCACCAACAAGUUCGCCAGCCAGCAGGGAAUGACGGCGUACGGGACACGGCGGCACCUCUACGACCCCAAACUGGGCACGGACCAGCCCCUGGACCAGGCCACCAUCAGCCUCCAGAUGGGCACCAACAAAGGGGCCAGCCAGGCGGGGAUGACGGCGCCGGGGACGAAGCGUCAGAUCUUCGAGCCGGCGCUGGGCAUGGAGCACUGCGACACGAUGACCAUCGGGCUGCAGAUGGGCAGCAACAAGGGCGCGUCCCAGCAGGGCAUGACGGUCUACGGGCUCCCGCGCCAGGUCUACGACCCCAAGUACUGCGGGGGCCCCGAGCUGCUGGGCCAAGACGGCUACGACGGCCACGACGGCCUCUACAACUCCCAGUAGCCGCCGGCCCCGCGGCCGCUUGCACCCCGACACCGCACGUCACCGGCCUCACCGCGCCCCACCGAGCCGGCACCGGGCGCGGCCCCCGGAGCGCUCCGGGAGGGGAUCGGCCCUGGGGGGAACCGGCACCAGGAUCGGCGCCAGGCUCGACCCUGGGAUCGCUUUUGGGGGGGAUUUCAGCACUCGGGAUCGGCCCCGGGGGGAAACAAUCCCAGGGUCGGUUCUGGGAUCGGCCCCCAGGGUCAGGCCUGGGGGGAGUCGGCCCCGGGGGCGAUCGGCCCCAGGAUCGGCCCCGGGGGCUGCGGCCCCCGCCACGUGUGAAGCCACCGAGGCACAAUAAAAGCCACACGCAAAGGUGA